AUGCAAACGACAAAACCUCGUCAAUCAAAAGAAAUUCAACCGAUCUUUGAUUUAUUGGAUGAUGAACAACCAUUUACACGUCAAACACAAGUUAUUUUAGGAUCGUUUGGUCUUUUAUUUCUUCUUUGCAAAUUACUUAUUGUGCCUCUUGUUCAAAUUGUACACAUAAGUUACCAUGAAUUUCGCGCGAAGAAUCAAAUUUGUAUUACAAAAAAAUGGUAA